AUGAGUCAAGAAAACUUCCAAGACCCAGUUGAGCAAAUGGACCACGAAACGCAAGAUCCAAACCUUGAAGAACUUCAACUGCCAGCCAACGGGGCGGAAGCUACUGCACGACUUGUAGCUAUGGAAGAAUUGGUACGACAACUUCAGCGCACUCUUGCCGCCCAAAACAGGGAGCUAGGCAACCUGCAGCAACAACAGGGAGUACACCAAGCCACUAUUACUCAACAAAACCAAACCAUCGAUAACCUACAGCAGCAACUGCACAAUCCACCAGCGGUUGCGCCCGCUGUGGCUCCAGCUGUGGCACCUGCUGUAGCCCCCGCCGUGGCACCAAUGGUACCUGCUCCGGCAGACGACACUGAACCAGAACUAGGAAGAACUCUGAAACCUGAACAACCAACCAAAUUCGACGGAGACACCACCAAACUUCGCAAAUUCCAAUAUGACCUACGAACCUACUUCGAGUACUAUUUUCCGAACACCUUCUCGGCAGACAAGUAUGAAACUCGCAUCCGUUUCGCAGGAACCCGAAUGGAAGGUGCUGCCGCCGACUGGUUCAGCUCGAUCCUCAAGGACAGACAAAAACCUCUUGACCAGCAAACACAACUCACCAAGGAUGUGUUCAAAAGCUACGAAGAAUUUGAAAACCAAUUGGAAAAAUCCUUUGGAAUCACCAACGAAGCUCAAGAAGCCGAAAAGAAGCUUAGGGACCUCAGACAGAAGGGCCCGUGCUACAAACACACUUCAACGUUCAUCCAACUACUCACUAAAGUCAAUUGGACUGAAGAAUCGAAGAAGGAAAUGUACUACUACAGUCUGAAGCCAGAAGUCAAGGAUGAAAUUUACAAGACCGACCGACAGGCCGUCAGUUUCACUGACCUCACUCAGGAAGCGAUCAAAAUCGACAACCGACAGUGGGAAAGAAAACAAGAAAGAAAGGCAGAAAAGACUGGAAACCCAGUCAAACACCACCCUCAAGCCAACCAAGGAAAGAAACGAGACGACUACGUUGCAAAAGACAACGGUACCCGACCUGGGAAAAUGGACAUCGAUGACGUUACCAGGAAGAAGUUCCUCGGAACCUGCAACGCCUGUGGCAAGAAAGGCCAUAAGGAAGCAGACUGCCGCUCCAAGAUGACUUGCGGAUUCUGUGGCAAGAAGGGCCAUGAUGAAGCUCACUGCUACACCAAGAAAAAUACGAAGAAAUCUGAGACCACUAAAGACAAGGCUCAAAUAGACACCAUCACGGAAGUACCCCACGACCACCUCAGCUGGACAGCUUGCUACAACGAUUCAUGUCUUGUGCACAAAAGCAGCAAGGAAGGAUCCGGAUACUAUCCAAAGAAGCCACGAGCCAGGAAGUCUCACGAGACUGUACGAAUUGAUACCCUCAAUUUCUACGAAAAGAAAUGUGAAGACUGCAGCUCCACGGAACCUUGUUCCGUUCAUGCACUCUACGAAUGCUCAUCUUGCGGCUCAUGGAACAUCAAUCACACGUGCGAAAACAACGAAUCGGAGGAAUGGGAACUCUCGGAUGAAGAAACUAGCAAAGACGAAAUCAUCUACGACGAGAGUGGGAGAAUCCACGAAUGCAGUUUCCACACAACUGAUAGGAAACACCAACAGUGGAUCAACACCCUUCCAGACACGCACCCUUUCGCAAAACAUAAGGAAGCCCUAGAACCGAAACCCGUUACUUUCGAAGACAUAUACGACAGCGACGACACCGACGACGAUGAAUGUCAUCAAUGCGGCGCUCAAGAACCCCGACAUGACAUAACAUGCCCAAAAUACACAGGAGAAUACGGAUGCCCACUGUGCAUGUCAGAAGAAGAAAAUCACAAAUGCACGGGAUGCGUAUACUGUAGAAGCAUGAAAAUUCCACAUCUAUGCGACGAAGAAAUGCGCAAAUGGAGGAAAUAUCGAUGCAAAGUCUGUGAAUCAACAAACCUCGACCACGACUGCGACGGAUGCCGCAUCUGCGGAUCCUACGACCCCGAACAUGACUGCAUGUAUGUUCUAGGGGAACAAGCAGAAGAACAAGAAAGACAAGAGGAAAGACAACAAUACCUCGACGAAAACCCACCUCGUAGAAUGACCCUAGAAGAGGCUCGGGAACAAAUCAGACUCAACAAAAUAGACAUUCAAGGAGCAUACGACCAAGUCCCUAUCCAGGACCUCCUUGAUGCCCUAGACGAAGACUGCGGAACACGCAAUUGGAAAUGCAAGUCAAGCAUGAAGAAUGCACAACAGACCACUUCCUAG